AUGACAUACCCCUUAAGAGCUUAUACCGAGAAUGAGGUCAACUUCUGUCAACUUCUACAUUUGUCACAACCACUGAAUAGGAAUCGUAAAAAUGGUCAAAAAUAUUUCGGUCGAUUCAUUGGAUCAUUUCCGGGGUCUUCACACAACGUCAAAGGAGACGUCUAUGCAGUCAAUGACAACACUAUAUAUAUCCGCGAAUUUUCAUACGACGGCGCCGGGCCUGCGGCCUUUUUCUGGGCGGGCAGUCAAACGGUUCCCAAUCCGGACGGCUUUAUCAUACCCGACGAACUCGGAAGAUCUGUGAAGUUAAACGCUUACAACAAACAAAACAUUUUAUUAACGUUGCCUAAAGGCAAGACAUUACGGGAUAUUAAAUGGAUAGCUGUUUGGUGUCAACUCUUUACCAGCAAUGAUUUGAAACAUCAGGUAAACUUUGGUCACGUGAAUAUUCCGUACAACUUUGCGUUUCCAAAAGAGCAAAACUUGGGUCCCAUCCCAACCCUCGCCCACAGGACUCAUGCGGACGCUGUGAUCGUUAAGGACGAGAAGACAUUAUUUAUAAAAAAUCUUCAUUAUGACGGCGCAGCACCCGAUGCCUUCUUCUUGAUUGGCACCGGCAAUAAACCCCACGAACACGCCGUCAAAAUCCCUGAUGAGAACGGGAGUUUAAGGAAAAUUCAUGGAUAUCGAGGUCAAGACAUUACGCUUCGACUUCCAGAUAAUUACACAAUCUUUGAUUUCGAUUGGUUUGCCUUAUAUUGCAUAACAUAUCGGGAAAACUUUGGACACAUUUCGAUUCCCAAAUAUCUUAAUAUUCCUCCGAGUCUACAGUCUCUUCAGAAAGAUGUAUCAUCUUUCCCUAAUUGUGAGACAAUAUUUGCGGAUCAACUGCAGGUUAGUUGGGAAGUAAGACAUCCGGAUCUAUACGUGCAGUUAGAGGGAAGAGUCGCACCCGAUCAAUACAUCUCUUUCGGUGUGAGUGGUUCCACACAAAGGGCUCAAAUGGUGGGCGCAGAUGUUGUGGUCGUGUACUACGAUUCCGACAGCCAAAAAGCAAAAGUAGUCGACUAUACACUGACAGCCAAAGCACAGUGCGCUCCGCAGUCAAACAGCGGCGCCUGUCCUGACCAAGUGGUGGGCGGGCGACAGGACUCGGAGAUGAUUAUGUGGACCUAUAACGACGGGGUCCUCAAAGUGUCGUACAAACGAAAACUUUACACCAGAGAUGAUGUCGCGGACGAAGAGAUUAUUGUGACGAACCCCAUGGUUGUGGUCGGGGCUAUCGGUCCACUCAAUAGCAAAAAAGAGGCCGCUUUUCAUAACAUUGAAUACACGAGAGCUUCGGACAAACCCAUCAAAAUCCUCUUCGGAAGGCUUCAAAACGAGAGGAAUUGUGAUCUUCUGACAAACCCGUCGAAUGCCAUUCCCAGCGCUUACUCCACGGCCGAGCCCUGGACUCCAAGUGUUAUAUACGCCAGAAAUGAGCAGGUCUUUAGGGUAGUAAUAGGGCCGGCAGGGGGUGACAGGGGAUACACACCUAUUACGGGUGUCCAGUCGUGGGGUAUUGCCUACUGGAUCGACGAUAUGCUUAUUCCCGAAAUCCAUGUCCAACGAGGAGACAAUUACACAUUUGUAGUGGAGGCUGGAAAUAACCCUGCUAAUCAGGCCAAAUAUCACCCGUUGUAUAUCACAAAUAACAGGGAGGGUGGGGGUGGCCAACGGUCGCAAGAGCUCAACACUCCCAACCAUAUGGUGUACGCGGGGGUAGAUUUUUCCAACAACAGGGCUGACCCCACUCUCGGUGCGGGCCGGUACUGUGAACUUAGGAUUGAAGGCAUAGAUAUGGCAAAUGUGAGCUCAUCUAUAGACGAAUACCGGAAAACAUUGAAAUUGGUUUGUGAGUUAAUGCUGUAUUAUGUAUCGGCUGGAAAUGUAGCCUCAUUUACGUGGAGUCCCGACGAGACCACUCCAGACACUGUCUAUUAUCAGUAUUUCGUUUCUGUUUCACACAUCGAAACCUCGGCUGGAAAAUAGUGGUCAACUCCGCUCUCAAAUUACAAUCACUUCAUUAUAUCUUUUUUAUUAUCACUUCAAUGUUUGCAAUAAAAAAUUCAAUGUAUUUAUAAACCCAUCGCUUCUUGGAAUCCAAUGCAACAAAAGGUUUGAAUAAAAGGGAGGA